CUCCUCCUUCUCCUCCUCCCGCUCUUCUCACAGUCUUCUUCUAGCAGCUCUGAGAGCACUGCUUCCCUAAAGGCUGCUGAGGCCAUUUAACAUUCAACUGCACACAUCACCAGAGGCCGAGGCAAGAUGCAGCGCUUCAGGGAGGGCAUCCACAUACGCACUAUGAAGGCAAAAAGAAAAGUCGAAGAAAUCUCCAAAGAAGAUGUGCAGGCGUUUCUGAAGAAGAACGCCUUUGUGCUCUUCACCGUGGGGGCCGUGGUACUAGGCAUCGCGUUGGGCUUUGCACUGAGGCCCUACAAGAUGACCUACAGAGAGGUGAAGUACUUCUCUUUCCCCGGUGAACUGCUGAUGAGGAUGCUGCAGAUGCUGGUUCUGCCCCUACUGGUCUCCAGUCUGAUCACAGGAAUGGCUGCUUUGGACAGCAAGGCGUCGGGGAAGAUGGGAAUGAGAGCGGUGAUAUACUACAUGACCACCACCUUCAUCGCCGUGUUCGUCGGCAUCAUCAUCGUCCUGGUCAUCCACCCGGGGAAAGGAUCGAAGGCCGAGUUUGGGAAGCAGCAGAAGAUAGAGCAAGUCAGCCCCGCCGACGCCUUCUUAGAUCUGAUCAGAAAUAUGUUUCCCCCGAACCUGGUUCAAGCCUGUACACAACAGUUCAAGACCAAAUACGGCACGCGGAAGGUGCACACCACGGUGACGGUGAUGGUGAACGACACCUUCUUUAACUCCUCCACCGCCGCCAACGGCACCCAGGAGGUGGAGGUGCUGGAGUUCACCCGGGAGGAGGUGAUCCCGGUGGCGGGCCAGGUGAACGGCGUCAACGCCCUGGGCCUGGUGGUGUUCUCCAUGUGCUUCGGCCUCAUCAUCGGCAGCAUGAAGGAGCAGGGCCAGAUCCUGAGGGACUUCUUUGACAGUCUCAACGACGCCAUCAUGAAACUCGUGGCUAUUAUCAUGUGGUAUUGUCCCAUAGGCAUCCUGUUCCUGAUUUCCGGGAAGAUCGUGGAGAUGGACGACAUCACUGAGAUGGGCGGUCAGCUGGCCAUGUACACCAUCACGGUGAUCAUCGGCCUGUCGAUCCACGCCUUCCUCAUCCUCCCCAUGCUCUACUUUGUGAUCACCAGGCAGAACCCCUUCAUCUUCAUCGCCGGCCUGCUGCAGGCCCUGGUGACCGCCCUGGGAACGUCCUCCAGCUCAGCCACCCUGCCUGUGACCUUUAAGUGUCUGGAGGAGAACAACAAGAUUGACAAACGCGUCACCCGCUUCGUGUUGCCCGUCGGUGCGACCAUCAACAUGGACGGGACGGCCCUGUAUGAAGCCCUGGCCGCCAUCUUCAUCGCACAGGUUAACAACAUGGAAAUGAACUUCGGUCAGAUCCUCACAAUAAGUAUUACAGCGACUGCGGCCAGUAUAGGAGCUGCUGGAAUUCCUCAGGCAGGCCUGGUCACCAUGGUGAUCGUACUGACUUCUGUCGGACUUCCUACAGAUGACAUCACCUUGAUAAUUGCAGUUGAUUGGUUCCUCGAUCGCCUGCGCACCACCACCAAUGUUUUGGGGGAUUCCAUCGGAGCGGGAAUAGUGGAGUUUCUUUCCCGACACGAGCUACGGUGCAAGGACGUGGAAAUGGGGAACUCUGUGGUUGAGGAGAAGGAGCGAAAGAAACCCUACAAACUCAUAUCUCAGGAUAGUGAUUUUGAGAAUGACAAACGUAUGCAUAGUGAAUCCAACAUGUAGUCACAUCUGCUGCUGCAUCCGUACACACGCAGACACACACACCCGCCAAAACAAUGCACAUGCAUGCAACCACGGACAAACACACACAAACACACACACACACACACACACACACACACACACACACACACACACGCACAUACACACACACACACACGUACAAUUAUUAUUAUGAUGAUAUUGAUUAGUAUUAAUAUUAAAUUAUUAUUAUACUAUACUGAGGGGUACUGAUUUAGAGUUCGGAGACAUCAUUUUUCCCAGCAGAUGUGUCUAAAAAAGUACUAUUUCAUAACCAUUUGAUAGUUUUAAUCCUGAAAUAGCAUUAAUUCCAGCCUUUUACACUUAUGAAGUGAUUUUGUGAAGAGUGGAUGGUAAUUAUUCUUUCAAACAUUCCUGUUAAAUUAAGGUUUUUACAAAACAAUGAACAUAUUCUUAAAUAUGCAUAUUUAAUUAGUUGGUUCCAUAUUCUUCAUAGAUGGUAUGGUUGUUUGUGUAUACUAUUUAUACUUAUAUAAUAGAUUUUAUGAUAAAAUGACCUUGAGUAUUCACAUAUUGAGGUCACAUUUGGUAUUAAAGUGUAGUACCUUCAAAUGUGUCAGUCAAAGUAGUUAUAUAAUAAACGACGAAGGACGUCCUUACCAUAAAUAUGUGUCAAUGAAUUGGCCAUGCAGUUUUAAUUUAAUUUAAAGGAUAUUGCAUUUGAGAAAGCAAUAGAGAUCAUGGAAAAAAUAUCACGUGGGAUUUCUCUUUAAAUUUUGCCACCAAAAUAUAGAACAUUAAAAUACAAUGACAUAUAUUACCCCAAUGUCUAUUGCCAUUUACACACAUUCAAACACACACACAACGAUCACACGCACACACUCACACAUAGCCCUCAAUGUCUUGUUCUUCAGAUGAGAAUGCAUAGUUUUGGUUGAUAAUACAAUAUUAAAAUAAAUGGCAAAAAUGUG